UACCCGGAUGGAUCAGUUUAUGGAUAGAUGACGUAAACCAAUAUGGCCGCGCAGUAGCGUUCACCUGACUACGCGCAGCUACUGAUCACAGAAAUGCAAAAAGACUCCUAUUUAUUUUCGUCCGAGCUUAUUUUCGACACGAUUUGUAUACAGAUUUGAUUUCUGCGUCCAUUUAUAUGCUGCUGUUGUUGCUUUUACAUCGGAGAAGUCAGAGGACUGUUUAAUAAACAUGUCUGCCAAAGUGGACACUCCAGAGAGAAGUGAGUCACGUGCAAAAGAAAGAAACCGAUCUCCGAGCAGAGGAAGAGAAAAACGGAAACGCGAUAGGAGCCGAAGCAGGUCAUCAUCAUCUUCCAGUUCAUCAUCAUCAUCAUCCAGUUCUUCCUCUUCAUCAUCCUCUUCGUCACAUUCUUCACGUAGUAAGUCCAGCUCCAGUAGCUCAGAUUCUUGUAAAAAACAAAGAAAAUCCUCAAAGAAAAGAAAAGAGAAGCAUGGAAAAAAGAAAGGAAAGAAAGAGAAGACACGCAAGCGUAAGAAAUUAAAGGGAAACAAAGGCCAGGAUGAUGACUGCGGACCUGUUCAAAUUUCAAGGUAUCUCAAGGAAAAGAAGAAAAGCGGCUCGUACAGUAUGAUAUCAGGAAAAAAGAUUAAAAUGAAAGUAAAAAAAUCGAAGAAGGACAAGCAGAUGGACAAAAACCGAGCUAAUCUCUUGGAAUUCUUGAACUCCACCUUCUGAUGCAGAACUGGACCUUUUAAUUUGCUCAGGAAGAGACCAUCUUGUUGUUUGUCCUGAUGUUAUACAAUGACAAUUCUUUAACAUAAAUCCUUUAUGUAAAUGGUUGACAUCCCCCGUUUUCCUACAGUUUGUAUAUGACUUAUUAUAUCCACAAUGAAGACUGUAGCUUUGAUGUAAUGUUAUGUUACGCUUAAAUUGUAAAAAAAGAUAUAUAGCAUAGGGAUUGUGAUUUUGUUUUAUUUUUUUAUUUAAACCUCAAGUAAAUCCUAGAAGGAAUUGUUCUGAGAGAUGAAGAAUUAGACGGAGUGAAUAAUGUUCUGCUGUGAUAACGGGAUAGUUGGGUAUUUAUUUACUCACUUUUGUUUUUAUUUGCUUUUAUCCCUGGAACACAAAUGAUAGUUUACACCCCUACAUGUUCAUACAGUGAAUAAUGACCAGAGGCUGACAUUCAGGUUCAUUGUAUUCAAAAACAAAGAGUGUCAAACUUUUAUUCUUUAGAAGAACGAAAAAAAAUGAUGACAUUUUUAGUCCCCUUUAUCAGAUAAAGUUGGUGCUAUUUUUGAAAGUUAAGUUGUACUUAACUUUUUCCAAAACAAUUAAAAUCUGAAACAACAGUGUAGUUAAAGUCUGUUGAAGUUUCCCCAAUAAUCUGCAUAUUUUCAUAUUCAAGCAGAAUUCUUUCACUGGUAAAUAGAUGAGAACAACACUUUAUGAUCUUCCUUCUUGACAAUACAGUGACAAUGUUGUAAAAUAAACUUUGCUUUGUGUC